CCAGAGUGCACCUUUCGACCACAAAACUUCUGGAUGCUGCUGUGGCUCAACGUUUUAACCGACGCCGCCCUCCUCUCCAUCCCCGUUCCGAUCCUUUGGCACCUCCGCGUGUCCCUGAGACGCAAAAUCGGCGUCGGCAUCCUGCUCUCGUCCGGCAUCUUUGUCAUUUCGACUGCCAUCGUUCGAGCGGUUACGACCUUGGGCGGCGCACCUUCCGUCAUCAACAUCAACCGCUGGGGUUUCCGCGAGACCGCCGUCGGACUCAUCACCGUCACCCUGCCGGUCCUGAGCCCGCUGUUUACGAGGGCGUUUUGGCGUCGUGGCCCGUAUAUUCGAGACUACUACGAUCGGCUACGCGGUCCGAAGACGCCUCCUAAUAAUGCUAGGUUUGGCAAUUGGCUGGGGACGAUGGUUCUCAAGUAUAUUGAUGAGGAGGAAGGGGAUGUGUUGCGCAGCCCCAGCGCGGCGAAGCAGUUGGAAGAGGCAGGGUAUCGAAAUGAAUAUGCCGAGCGUGCGGGUUCCUACAAUAAAGAUGGUAGAGAAGCCUACGAGCUGGAAACGCAGAGCGGCGAUACGAGCACGAAAAGUUUCAAAGGCAUUGAGACGGUAUGA